GGUAUUGGUAUAUAAGAACUCGGGAAGGCCCCCAGGUUUAAACAUCAAUCAUCGCACAUUUGACUUUUAUCUAUUCUACGAAACACAGCACGCUUCGAUACAAAACAGCUUCCAUCAUGCCUCUCACCAAGUACAAGGCUGCCUGUGUCACCUCCGAGCCAUGUUGGUUCGACCUCGAAGCCGGCGUCCAAAAGACCAUCAACUUCAUCAACGAAGCCGGCGCUGCAGGUUGCAAGCUCAUUGCUUUCCCUGAAGUCUGGAUCCCAGGUUACCCUUACUGGAUGUGGAAGGUCAACUACCAGCAGUCGCUCCCCAUGCUCAAGUCGUACCGCGAGAACUCGCUGCCCAUGGAUUCAGAAGAGUUUCGACGGAUCCGCCGCGCUGCGAGAGAUAACCAGAUCUACGUCUCGCUCGGUUUCUCCGAAAUCGACCACGCGACGUUGUACCUGGCGCAGGCCUUGAUCGAUCCCACUGGCGAAGUCAUCAACCACCGCCGCAAAAUCAAGCCCACACACGUUGAGAAACUCGUCUACGGCGAUGGCGCAGGCGACACGUUCAAGUCCGUCACACAGACCGAACUCGGCCGUCUCGGCCAGCUCAACUGCUGGGAAAACAUGAACCCGUUCCUCAAAUCGCUCAACGUAUCCGAGGGCGAGCAGAUCCACAUCGCCGCCUGGCCUGUGUAUCCUGGCAAAGAGACGCUCAAGUAUCCUGAUCCCGCUACCAAUGUCGCAGACCCGGCUUCUGACUUGGUCACGCCGGCUUAUGCGAUUGAGACGGGCACGUGGACGCUGGCUCCGUUCCAGAGACUGAGUGUGGAGGGCUUGAAGAAGACGACGCCUGAAGGUGUGGAGCCCGAGACUGAUCCCUCGACGUACAAUGGCCAUGCGAGGAUCUACAAGCCAGAUGGUACCCUCGUCUGCAAGCCCGACAAGGACUUUGAUGGUCUGCUGUUCGUUGACAUCGACCUCAACGAAUGCCACUUGACCAAGGCGUUGGCUGACUUUUCGGGUCAUUACAUGCGCCCUGAUCUCAUUCGUCUGCUUGUUGACACCCGUCGCAAGGAGCUCGUUACUGAAGCUGAUACUAACGGGGGUAUCGCUUCCUACACCACUCGUGAGCGUUUGGGCUUGAACGUUCCGCUCGAUGCCCAGGCACCCAAGCCCAAGGCCAAGGUUGCUGAUGCCGCUGCCACCACUGCAAUCUAGGCUUUGCAAUGUCGUGGUCAGAGGACGCAUUCCUGUUGAUAAUGCGGGUGCUCUGUAGGCAAUUCCUAGAUCGUUGAUAAAUAUAUUCCCCGCUCUUAGAUAUGCCUCACCCUGCUUGUUUUUGCACUGAUGUGAUUCGCGCUGUAUGUUUGAAGGACUGGAAUUAGUCCUGAAAGGGUUCCAUAUCUUUGUGUUCUAGGUUUGUUGUA